AAUAUCCAUACAAGAUCCAGAUCCAUGGUUCAAGGCAACAGCAUCUACCAUCUGGAAUCGCAUUUCCACACAACAUCUUACGACCCAGGGUACGUACGAUGGCUUCCCUGACGAACGGGCAGUCCAAACACGACGACACAUCGUCAAUCGGAUCCCGCUUAUUCUCGGUCGCCAAACCGCCCUCGCUAGAUGAAUUCAAGAAGCUCACGACUGAAUCUAAAUUGGUUCACUAUCCCCUUGCUAGCUCCAUAACAGCCAACGUACCUAUUUACGAACUUCCUGCCUACUCUUCACUGAGUCCACAACAGCACGCUGCCCUUCAGGAUGAGUGGUACCAUAUCCUUCUUUCUGGCCCCGGCGUGUUCGUCACGAAAGGCCUUUACAGUAACAUAAGCUUGCUCGACACAGUAAAUGAAGUAUACAGCAAUAUCAUCGCGGAAGAGAAGAAGCUAGCCGGUAAACGUGGCGAUCAUUUCGCUGGCUCAGGCGCAAAUGACCGUAUCUGGAAUUCGUUCUCGAAGCAUUGCCUGCAGGAUCCGGUAUCAUUCUUGGAAUAUUACUCUAAUCCAUGGCUGCCGCUCAUCUCGUCGGCAUGGCUGGGUCCGCAUCAUCGACUGACUGCACAAGUCAACAUCGUGAAGCCGACUGCAAAAGCACAGAUCUCUCACCGAGACUACCACAUCGGCUUCCAAGACAACAAGUCAUGUGCAAUGUUUCCGAAAGCACUACAAGUAGCUUCCCAGUUCCUCACUCUUCAGGGCGCUGUUGCACAUUCAGACAUGCCUCUCGAGAGCGGACCUACGCGACUACUGCCUUUUAGCCAAAUGUUCGAGGAAGGGUACAUGGCAUACCGGACCCCCGAGUUUCAGAACUUCUUCCUGGAGAAGUAUGUCUCGGUACCAUUAGAUACAGGAGAUGGGCUCUUCUUCAAUCCAGCGUUAUUCCAUGCUGCGGGACAGAACGACACGACAGAUAUUUUGCGCUCGGCAAACUUACUUCAGAUCUCAUCAGCGUUCGGUAAGCCCAUGGAGAUGAUUGACACGUAUCCGCUCGUCCAGAUGACGUGGGACGCACUGGUGCAGGUUUACGAGAAGAAUGGGCUGAGUGAUGAGGUUAGGGCUUUCGUAGGUAACGUUGCAGAAGGUUAUCCUUUCCCUACGAAUCUGGAUAGGAGAGUACCGGAGACGGCGGGCAUGGCACCAGAGAGUGAACAAGAGCUAUUGAUCAAAGGGCUCGAGAAUGGAUGGGCGAAGGAACAAUUGUUGGGUGAGCUCAAGAAGAUGAAAGAGGAUUCGAGAGCUUAAUGUCUUCAAGCAAUGAUGGCAAACCACAGGUAUGCGUCUAACAGCACAAUGCUUUGUCGCAUUACGAAAAUUUUAUUAUCACUGCGCUGUAUUCAAAGAACCAGAAUGAUUGCAGAACUCACAUGAAACCCC